CAUUUUGAAAGGUGUCGGAUCUUCCGUCACCCACGAGGAGGAGGAAGUGGCUGAAGAAAGAAAACGGAGCAAUCGAGCGGAGUGGCUGAGGCAGCCGAGCCAGGAGUAGUACCAUCACCACCACCACUCAACCACUCCACUCUACUCGUCUGGACUACCGGGGCUAACUUUAGCUACAUGUGCUGAGGUCGAAGGGGAAACUGAUCCCAACUGUAACAAUGCCGACAGUUACUUUGCCGCCAAAAGAGAACGCUCUCUUCAAGAGGAUUUUGCGCUGUUACGAACACAAACAGUACAGAAAUGGGCUCAAGUUCUGCAAACAAAUCUUGUCCAACCCCAAGUUUGCUGAGCAUGGAGAGACCCUGGCAAUGAAGGGCCUGACCCUGAACUGUCUAGGGAAGAAGGAGGAGGCCUACGACCUGGUUAGAAGAGGCCUGCGCAACGACCUAAAGAGCCAUGUCUGUUGGCAUGUAUACGGCUUACUGCAGCGCUCGGAUAAGAAGUACGACGAGGCCAUCAAGUGUUACCGCAACGCUCUGAAGUGGGACAAAGACAACCUGCAGAUCCUUCGAGACUUGUCCCUCCUGCAGAUCCAGAUGAGAGACCUGGAGGGCUACAGGGAGACGCGGUACCAGCUCCUGCAGCUGCGUCCGGCCCAGCGGGCCUCCUGGAUCGGCUAUGCCAUCGCCUACCACCUCCUGGAAGACUACGAGAUGGCAGCAAAGAUCAUCGAGGAGUUCAGGAAAACACAACAGACGUCUCCAGACAAAGUGGACUACGAGUACAGCGAGCUGCUGCUGUACCAGAACCAGGUCUUGAGAGAAGCAGGUCUGCACAAGAAGGCCCUCGACCAUCUAACCAACUAUGAGAAGCAGAUUUGUGACAAGCUGGCAGUGGAGGAGACACGAGGAGAGUUACUGUUGAAGUUGGAGCGUCUCGAUGAGGCGACAGAAGUUUACCGACGUCUGCAAGAGAGGAACCCAGAGAACUGGUCCUACUACCACGGCCUCGAGAACGCCCUAAAACCAAGCAGCGUAGAGGAGAGACAAAAGAUCUACGAAGACGCUUGGGAGAAGUUUCCCAAAGGACUGGUUCCUCGUCGACUGCCCCUCAACUUCCUCUCUGGUGAGAAAUUCAGGGAUUGUCUGGACAGGUACCUGAGGAUGAACUUCAGCAAGGGCUGCCCGCCUGUCUUCACCACACUCAAAUCGCUGUACAACGACAAAGAAAAGGUGGCAAUAAUAGAGGAGCUGGUGGUCGGCUACGAAACCUCAUUAAAAAGCUGUAGGAUGUUCAGCCAGAAUGAUGACGGUAAAGAGGAGCCUCCGACCACGUUGCUCUGGGUGCAGUACUUCCUAGCGCAGCACUUCGACAUGAUCGACCAGCACCCACUGGCUCUAGAAUACAUCAACGCAGCCAUCGAGAGCACGCCUACACUCAUCGAACUCUUCCUUAUCAAGGCAAAGAUUUACAAGCAUGCUGGGAACAUCAAAGAGGCUGCCCAGUGGAUGGAUGAGGCCCAGGCUCUGGACACUGCCGACAGAUUCAUCAACUCCAAGUGUGCCAAGUACAUGCUGAAGGCGGGCAUGAUCAAGGAGGCAGAGGAAAUGUGCUCCAAGUUCACACGGGAAGGAGCAUCUGCAGUGGAGAACCUGAACGAGAUGCAGUGCAUGUGGUUUCAGACCGAGUGUGCACUCGCCUACAAAUCCAUGAACAAGCUCGGAGAGGCUCUCAAGAAGUGCCACGAGAUAGAAAGGCAUUUUGUGGAGAUCACGGACGACCAGUUCGAUUUCCACACCUACUGCAUGAGGAAGAUGACGCUGCGCUCUUACGUGGACCUACUGAAGCUAGAGGAUGUUCUCCGGAUGCAUCCCUUCUACUACAAGGCUGCCAUCACGGCCAUCCAGAUCUACCUGAGCCUCCACAACAAUCCCCUGACUGACGAUAGCAAAGAACUGCAGGCUGAUACUGCUAACCUCUCGGACAAAGAGCUUAAGAAGCUGAGGAACAAACAGCGAAGGGCCCAGAAGAAGGCUCAGCUGGAGGAAGAGAAGAAGAACGCAGAGAAGGAGAAGCUGCUGAAGAACCAGAAGAAGAAGAAGGAGGAUGACGACGAGGAGAUCGGGGGGCCCAAAGAGGAGCUCAUUCCUGACAAACUGGUCAAGGUAGAAAAUCCACUGGAAGAAGCUGUCAAGUUCCUGAUGCCUCUCAAACAUCUGGUCAAAGACAAAAUCGACACACACCUUCUGGCCUUUGAGAUCUACUUCAGGAAAGAAAAAUAUCUGUUGAUGCUCCAGUCGGUGAAAAGAGCGUUGGCCAUUGAUCCAGACCACCCAUGGCUACACCAGUGUCUAGUGCGCUUCUUUAAAGGAGUUUCAGAGAGCAAGGAUUUGCCAGAGGUGGUCAGGACGGUGCUGAAGCAGGAGAUCUCCCGGCUGUUUGGAGACAGCAACGCCAAGAGCUUCAACCAGGCCUACCUCACCAAGCACUCCAACUCCAUACCACACCGAUUGGCUGCUGCUAAGAUGAUGGUGUAUCUGGACUCGUCAACGGAAACGAAAGCAGCAGAACUGGCCACUGCGCUGGAUGAGUCUCUGACCAACAGAACCAUACAGAUUUGCACCGAAGUCCUGGAGUGUCUUCGUAGCGGCAUCCUGGGCGACUGUAAGGAACAAGCGGAGUCGUACCGUGCAGAGUGUCACAAGCUUUACCCCUACACGUUAGCUUUCAGGCCCCCUGGUUACGAGGAGAACACCAAGCUCGCCAACGGAGACGUUUCCACAGAAACGGAGGAGCUAGCCAAUGAGAUGUGAGCGUGACAGAACAACAGCGGAUGCGAAAAGGAAUUGGGCCGAGCACGGAGCCUUGUGGUACGCCUGGCAGCCAUUUUGUAGAGCCAGACAACGGGAAGCGAAAUUUGGUGUUUCGUCCUUGGGCUCAGCUUAAUUGGAUCUGACCUGGCUUGGCUUGGCUCUCUCCCACAUGGGUGAAAAUCAGGACUGUGUGUGUGUGUGUUAAGGGCCUGUGUGUUUGUGUGUGGGCAUGUGUGUGUAUAUUUGUGAGAAAGAGGGGGGAAAAGAGGAAGAUAACAGAACGGCCAUUUUAAUUUUUUGUUGUUGUUUUUUUUUUUUUUUUUUAAACGGCAGACAAUGCUGAAUAUGAAACUAAUUGGCAAACUGUCAGGAGAAACUGUGACGGACGGACAAAGACUGCUGCAUUUCUCUGAGGUGGCAGGACCUACUCAAGUUCGACUGAGUUCUACUCCGACAUAUGUCUAUCACAUACUGUGUUCCCCUUAUUUUAAAAGAAAAGCAAAUUUGACACAUCUGUCACUUGGGGCCGGGAGACUGAGGAGAGUGGAUCUGAUCUGACAGCUCUGUAGGAAGCUGAGCAGGAAGAGCGACCGAGGACAUCCAGCAGCAUCCACAGGUGUAUCUUCAGUGACACUCGCUCCAGUUUACUGCUGAUGUACAUUGGGGUGGACUGUGUGUGGAGGGCCUGAAACCAGAGCGGACGCCGAGACAGCGGCCUCACACGUGAACAGUUUCCUGAUCAGAAUGUGCUUCCCUCACAGUUUCUGGCUCAACAUGGGAAUAACAUAAUCCUGUUCAUAUGGAGCACACUGUAGCACAGAAUUAAAAACUGUAAAGGUGAUGUGUUGUGCUCCAUCUCAAAUACACUGCUAACUUUUUUACAUAGCUCUGAGAGAGAUGGAUAGAUCUAAGCAAUACCAUAGACACCUUCCUGUCCACAAUGGACCAAUAAAACUCUUUAUGUAAUAAUUUCUAGAGCUGGUUGAGUAUGAGCCUUCAGGCAGAGUGGCUUGUUUCGUUGCUUUUGUUACUGUUAAAAUCUGCAUGGACAGGGACUCUCAUCAUUCAAAGUGGAAACAAGCCUCUAGUACAUCUUACUGCAGACCGACCUUCUAUUCUGCUAACGGAAACCUCAAAAGGUCAGAAAUCAGCAUCAAAGCCCGUUGCCCGGGUGACAGGCGUCAAAGUGUUACAAGGCGAGUUAUCGUACAGGCAUCUUUAAGCAAUUUUAUUUCUUCUGUUCCCCUUUUAUUUUAUUUUUUUUUCAAUGAUCUCUUUUCUUCCCCUUUUUCCUCUAAUUUGGGUUCUAAUGUGAAAGAUGAAAUCUGAGAUGGCGAUGUAUGAUAUCUCUGGAUUUUUGUAUUAAAACCAAAUGGGGAAAAAAAAAAGCGUUGA